AGAUAUAUCUGCAUUCCUUCUCUCUGCGGAUCAUUCUCGGUGCUUUACGGUAAAUUUGGCCUAUCAAGUUUGUCUACGUUAAACGCUACACCAAAACCUACGCCUUGGGAGUUGUGAUGGGGGAUAAGUUUUCCAGAAGUUUGAGUCUAACUGGGAUAUAACGAUCUAGGAAUCUACAAAGUGCCAAACGAGCAUUUAAUAGCGACAGUUUCCUCGGGGGUGUGUCGUCGUCCAGUAGCCUUAUGGCUAGUUCUGAGACAGAUGCAGCAAAAAGGUGGCAGAAAUGCGUGGACACCGUGCUGUGCAACAUUACUAAGGAACAGCUGAAAUCUAUCGAAAACAACAGUGAGGAACGGAACUUUUUUGUGGUACAUCACCUGGCAGACCUAAAAGAAGUUUGCAUCUCUCCUCUCAUUCAUGGCACACCUAUCACCUGUAAAGUGGAAAACACAGAGCGAUACACCACACGCUCCAAGGUACGUGUGUGCACUCUGUACACGGUCCGUCUGACACAUGGCAAUUUCACAUGGACGGUAAAAAGAAAGUACAAGCACUUCCAGGAGCUCCACAGAGACCUGUACAAACACAAAAUGAUGCUGCAGUUCUUGCCUCUGGGGAGAUUUGCCAUUCAGAGACAACAGCUGGCAAGUUUGCCAGAGGAAAUGCCAACUUUACAUGGAAUCAACAGAAUCAGGAGAACGUCUAGCAAACCGAAAUAUCUGGAGGAAUAUUUAAAUAACUUACUAGAAAACACUUUCUACAGGAACUAUCAUGGGAUGUUGGACUUUCUGGAAAUCAGUCCACUUUCCUUCAUCAGAGACCUUGGACCCAAAGGCCUUGAAGGUUAUAUUCUGAAACGGUCCGGGGGUCACCGCAUCCAGGGGCUCAACUGCAUCGGACAUCAUCAGUUCUGCUUUCGCUGGUCUCGUCGGUGGCUUGUGGUGAAGGAUUCGUUCCUCCUGUACAUGUCCAGAGAUCCUGGCGUUGUGUCGUUUGUUCUGCUGUUCGAUCCUGAGCUGAAGGUGUUGGUUGGACGUGUUUACACUGAUACCAAGCAUGGCGUCUGCAUCGAGAACUUCAGCAGGAAGCUGGUGAUUAAGUGCAAUAGCUACAGACAGGCCUUGUGGUGGAGUCAUGAGAUUCGGAGUCUCUCUGAGCGCUGUGAUUUCCACCAGAUGAAUCGCUUUGAAGGCUUCGCCCCACCCAGACCGGACACCCUCACAAAGUGGUAUGUUAAUGGGAAUGGCUAUUUCUCAGACCUGGCAGAUGCAUUGCAACAGGCCAAGGAGGAGAUCUUCAUCACCGAUUGGUGGCUCAGUCCAGAGGUUUUCCUCAAACGUCCAGCUACAGGAACAUACUGGCGCUUGGACAAGAUUCUCAAACGCAAAGCAGAAGAGGGUGUGAAGGUGUGUGUGUUGUUGUAUAAAGAGGUGGAACUGGCUCUGGGGAUCAACAGCGGCUACAGCAAGAGAACACUGAUGAACCUGCACCCCAAUAUUAAGGUGAUGCGUCACCCUGAUCAUGUGGCCUCAGUUGUGGUUCUCUGGGCCCAUCAUGAGAAAAUGGUUUCCAUCGACCAAUCAGUGGCCUUUGUGGGUGGGUUGGAUCUUGCAUUUGGGAGGUGGGAUGACAGCGACUAUAGGCUAAGUGAUUUGGAUCCCCCCAAAACAGCCAAUAAUGCAGAGACUGCCCAAGAGUCUAAUACUGUGGAUGGCUCUGCCGUCCCUCUGACAGAACCUGCGUCAGAGUGUGAGGAUGAAGUGGAUCUGAGCUGUAAUGCCCUCUUGUGGCUGGGAAAAGAUUACAGCAACUUUAUCAAGAGAGACUGGACACAGCUGGAUCAGCCCUUUCAAGACAAUGUUGACAGAACUCAGGUGCCGCGCAUCCCCUGGCGAGACCUGGGUGCAGUGCAUCAUGGGAAGGCAGCCAGAGAUCUUGCACGGCACUUCAUCCAGCGCUGGAACUUCACAAAGAUCUUUAAGAACAAGUACAAGGAUGACUUCUACCCGUACCUACUGCCAAAAUCCCACUGCACAGCAGAUAAGCUGCCAUUCACCAUUCCCGGUGCCACAAAAGCCUCUGUACAGGUUCUUCGUUCUGUGGAUCGCUGGUCUGCUGGCACAUGUGAACAAUCUAUCCUCAAUGCCUAUAUACAUGUUAUUGAAAACAGCGAGCAUUACAUUUAUCUAGAGAAUCAGUUCUUCAUCAGCUGCUCAGAUCAGAAGAAUGUACUCAACACCAUUGGAGACGCUAUUGUCAAACGGAUCCUACGGGCUCACAGUGAGGGGAAGAAGUACAGGGUGUUUGUCGUAAUUCCCCUACUGCCUGGCUUUGAGGGUGACAUCAGUCAGGGAGGAGGAAAUGCCAUUCAGGCUAUACUGCACUUCACCUACAGAACGAUUAAUCGAGGAGAACACUCCAUUCUCUCAAGAUUAAAGGAGCAAAUGCAGGAUGAAUGGACACAGUAUAUUUCUCUGUGUGGUCUGCGCACAAACUCUCAGCUCGGCCAGUCCCCUGUUACAGAGCUCAUCUACGUCCACAGCAAAGCCCUCAUCGCUGACGACCGUUGCUACAUCAUAGGGUCAGCUAACAUCAAUGACAGGAGCAUGCUGGGCAGUCGUGACAGUGAGCUGGCAGUGCUGGUGGAGGAUGAGGAAAGAGUUCCCUCAGUCAUGAACGGAGAGGAGUACCAGGCUGGACCACUAGCACUUGCCUUACGAAAGGAGUGCUUUAGCGUACUUCUUGGAGCAAAAUCUGACCCAAAUCUGAACAUUGAUGAUCCAAUCAGUGAUCAUUUCUUCAAUGAUGUUUGGAACAGAAUCGCCCAAAAAAAUGCCAUCAUCUAUGAGAAGGUCUUCCGAUGUCUUCCGCUGGAUUGCGUCCGCAACUUGCGUGAGCUUCAGGAACACGUGAAUGCUCAAAACCUUGGCCUUACUGACCCGGAGGAAGCCAAAGAAGAACUACAGGGCAUCAAGGGCAUCUUGGUCCAUUUUCCUUUGCACUUCCUGUGCGAGGAGAACCUUCUCCCGCCACUUAAAAGCAAAGAAGGAAUGGUUCCUACGGAGGUGUGGACGUAACCGCGAAGAGUGUCGAAUAUUUUGAAGUGUGCCAGUGAAACUGAAGGCUUCAGAGUUAUCACACAUCUAAGAUGGAAGCUACAGUGGUUAACUGCCACACUUUUUGUCCAUUUUGGUUUGUACUCAAAGUGCCCCUAUUAUGCCAUUUUUUUACAGUUCCUAAUAUCAUUUUGGGAGUCCCGUAAAUAGGACUACAUGCAUGCAAGAUCAAAAAAAACCCCAACACAUUGGUUUUCUCAAAAUAUGCAUUUAAUAUCACUAGGGUGGCCAUAUGCUGCAUUUAUACGGGAUACAUCCAGGCCAGGAUUUUAAUAUUGAGAGCUAUAGAGAGCAGAGCAGAUGACUUCUUAUGCUUUCGAAUCCCUUUCGCACCUACUUUGGUGUGUUUUUUGAUCGGUGCACAGCAACCCUUCAAGUCAAACGAACAAACAAACAAGUCCACAUAACAAACAUAUUUGCAUCACUUUGAUCAUUCCCUGUAGAUCACACCUUCUCACAUGCAGACCCACGAAUGAUGUUAUGUACAGUACCUGAAUGUUUUUGGUCUAACUGCUAUGGAUGUUUUAGGCAAUAUUAAAAUCCUGGCCAGGACGUGUCCCGUAUGAACGGCGCAUAUGACUACCCUUAUUAUCUCCUCUUUUUCCAGCAAUUCUCAAACGAUUCUUUCGAAUGAGUUCAAAGAUUCAGUCUCUCUAAACCCCUCCUUUCCGUGAGCCUGCUCUGCUCUGAUUGGUCGAACGGCCCAGUCUGUUGUGAUAGGUUUACGGCAUACAUCGCAUGUUGGAAACGAUACGCCCACUGUCAUAGUUCUGCAUUUUAAACGCUCUAUAGAAAAUCCAAAUAAAUAAACCAAAUAAACUGGAUACUGAGACCUCUUUCAAAAGCAAUAGUUUUGUGAAUCCAGCAUUGAACUCACAGAGAUGAGAGAAACAGUAGAAUGACAUGUUUGUGGGUGGGGUCAAGCUGUUCACGGCUGGCCAAUGUAGAAUAUAGGUGUGCGUUAGACAAGUGUGUCACCCUUUGACGUGUAGCCGUCACAGAUGUGGGAUUGUAAUUACUAACGACUCGUUCAGGCUGUACAAAGUCGAUUCUUUAUUUUUGGAGGCAAUAACUUUAUUCAUCGUGCACUUUAAGCUUUUCAACUUUGCAGAUCGUUAACAUUCACAUACAGCUACAUUACACUGCAUGAAAGCCAAUAUUGGAAAUGGCAUAAUGGGGCACUUUUAAUUAAUACUAGUAAGUGAAUGAUUAGGUCUGAACACUAACCCAUAUUAGUGUGGAACAUUAGUGUAGAAAAACUAAAAGAUCUUGUAUGAGGAGAUAAACGUUUAUACUAAAAGAAUCACACAGUGUUUUUGCUAAUUAUAUGAAGAUACAAUGAAAUGGAAGCAAUGUUCUCCCCAAAAGCCCAUUACGGCCAUGAAUGUCAUGAUCUGAGUAAUUAAGAUGGCAGAGAUUGUAAAGUGCUGCAUAUCAAAUGAGGAACGAAGAGCAAAUAAGGCGAAAGAGAGUAUUUUUGAUGACUGAGGAACAGAACGUACAUUUAUUGUUGUGAAUGUGUGUGGGUGGAUGGCGCUGCUUUACCUUAUUUUCCCUCUCUCUUUCUUUCUUUCUUGUGUGCACUACACCUCUCAAUGCAGUGGCAGCAAAUCUGUCAGAACAUUUGUGGUUGUUAUGGUGACGGAUUUAAAGAGCUGGCUUGGUCUUGGCUGCUGAGAGAGAGCUAGAAUAAAAGAAAGAGAGGAAGAGAUCGAGAAGAAGUAUGAAAUAAUAUGCCAACCUUAAAAACAUGGAUAACUGUGGGGGGUGGGGGUGGUAUGACGGGGUACUUGGUUAGAGAAAUUAUGCAAUGUUUUUUUUGAAACCGGUAGAGGAGGAGUGUUACGGAGCAGGGAUCAGGUGGGGCUUCAAACAUGGUGAGAUAUUCAGGGGGAGUCUCAGCUCAACAUUUAGAACCCCCCCCCCCAAUCUCCAUGGCAACCAGGAGAAAUUAGUGUUAUGUAAUAAUGUCAGCAGCCCAGAAGAUUCCACUUUUGGUUUUUUGGAGGGGGUGUUGACACAAGUAGAGAGCACACUGGAGGCCAGAUAAGCAAUGCUAAUUUAGUCAGUGCCCCACUUUGUAAACGAUCAUUAAUCUGCCUAUGUAAUGCUGUAGAAUGUUGUAGAUGACUUCACCUGCACUUGAAGACAAUGUUUUAGGGGUUUGACCACCAGAGACACAAUUAUUCAUAUACUGUAACAUUCCAAUCACAUCAAGCAAUCACCUUUAUGAACUAUUUUGAACUUUAUGCUCUUUUUAAAUCUCAAUACCUUUUCAGACAUUUUAACAUAUCUGCUUUUGCACAUUUUUAUACUUUUCAUGUACAUACGAUUGCUUUUAUUUAGAAAGUAAACAUAACUCAUUGACUAAUACUUAAAUGAAUCGUCUAACACUGUGUUUUCCCAACUUUUGGACGUGUGGUAUAGGCCUUACCUAGGGUAGAUGCCAAAUUUAAUUUUCUUCAGAUGAAAACGAUGCUGUGAUGUGAACAGCAUCCACUCUGUAAACCUCUGUCCGAGAUCAUUGACAUUUUUUAUCUGCUGAAGAGGUUGCAUGUUGUUAAACAGGACAAUCCAUUGACACACUGUUAAUUCUACCAUCACAGCCUUAUUUUCAUUCCUGUUCAAAUUUAAAUACGGUGUGACCCUGACUAAGGUUUAUAAGUGAUUUGUGUGUUUUUCUUUUCCUUUCUAGAUGUAUGAGAUGUAUUUUGGAAUAAUGACUAUAAUGACAAAUCACAGUUGUUUGUAAACCACUGAGCAAUCAAUAAAUUUUUCCUCCAUUUGAAUAAA